UUCGUUUUGUAAGUGCACUUGCGUAAUGUUUUGUCACGCAAUAGAUUACAAAACUUAUCAUGGUCAUUACUUAAACUAAACGGAAGAAGAGCAAACCGCACAAGCAGGUUGCUGCAGGUAUGAGGCACAACUCUGUGCACUGGUUCCGCAAAGGCCUGCGGCUCCACGACAACCCUGCCCUCCAGGCUGCGCUCAGGGACUGUGCUGAACUCUACCCAGUGUUUGUCCUGGACCCUUGGUUCCCUAAGAAUGCUCGUGUGGGCAUCACACGCUGGCGUUUUCUCAUCGGGGCACUUGCAGACUUGGACUGCAGCCUUAGGAGACUCAACUCCAGGCUCUUUGUGGUGAGAGGAAAACCCGAAGAGGUGUUUCCCAGACUUUUCCAGAAGUGGAAGGUGACCCGGUUGACCUUUGAAGUGGACACGGAGCCCUAUGCCCUGCAACGGGACAAGAAUAUAGCAAGUCUGGCGGCAGAGCACCAAGUGGAAGUCAUUCAGGAGGUCUCUCAUACUCUUUAUGACACCGAGAGGAUCAUCCUGGAGAACAACGGGAAGGCCCCCCUGACCUUCAAAAGAAUGCAGACCCUCAUAAACACAGUUGGAGCCCCAAAAAGACCCUGCCCUCCACCAACCCUUCAGGAUAUGAUAGAUAUCUGCACCCCUUCUUCAGAGGACCAUGAAGAGGCCUAUGGGGUCCCCAGCCUGGCGGAGCUGGGCUUCGACUCCCUCAAUGCUGGACCAGAGCUGUACCCCGGUGGGGAGCAGGAGGCUCUGCGCAGGCUGGAGGAGCACAUGAGUCGAACGGGAUGGGUUUGUGCCUUUGAAAAGCCCCAGACAUCACCCAACGCGCUCACUCCCAGUACCACGGUGCUCAGCCCCUACCUCAAAUUCGGCUGUCUCUCUGCACGCACCUUCUGGUGGAGGCUAGAUGAUGUGUAUCGAGGGAGGAAGCACUCAGAGCCCCCGGUCUCCUUGCAUGGCCAACUACUCUGGAGGGAGUUCUUCUACACAACCAGUGUGGGCAUCCCCAACUUUGACUGCAUGGUGGGCAACCCUGUGUGUGUGCAGGUGGACUGGGAAACCAACCCUGAGUACCUGGCAGCAUGGAGAGAGGGUCGGACCGGUUUCCCCUUCAUAGAUGCUAUUAUGACCCAGCUGCGCCAGGAAGGCUGGAUCCACCACCUGGCCCGACAUGCUGUUGCCUGCUUCUUGACCCGGGGGGACCUCUGGAUCAGCUGGGAGGAGGGCAUGAAGGUGUUUGAGGAGCUGCUACUCGAUGCCGACUGGGCCCUGAAUGCUGGGAACUGGCAAUGGCUGUCCGCAAGUGCGUUUUUCCAGCAGUAUUUCAGAGUCUACUCCCCUGUGGCCUUUGGGAAGAAGACCGACAAAAAUGGGGACUAUAUAAGAAAAUACCUCCCCAUCCUGAAGAAGUUCCCUGCGGAAUACAUAUACGAGCCGUGGAAGUCGCCACGUAGCCUUCAGGAGCGAGCAGGAUGCAUUGUGGGAAAAGACUAUCCCAAGCCAAUUGUGGAACAUGAGGUCAUUAGCAAGAAGAACAUUCAGAGGAUGAAGAUGGCCUACGCCAAGCACUCUGGUUCCUCCAGUGAAUCUAGUGGGAAAUCCAAGGGUGAAAAACGGAAAGUUGGCUCCGUUCUGGACAUGCUGACAAAGAAAAAUACCAAAUUAGAUUAAAGAUGUUUACACUGAAAUGUGAGUUUUGCAUAUAACACAUUUUUUUUUAGCAUUACUUUGUACACUUAUUUUUCUACACAAAAUAACAAUUAUUAAAAUAAUUUUUGGUUUU